CCGAAAUUUGAAAAAUGAAGUUAAAUGACGUCAGGCAAAGCUAUAAAUUUUCAUUCUCUCGCUUGUAAAUAGAAUUUCGUAUAGCAGACGAAGGGUGAGUGGUUGCGGCGCUUGUUGGAACAUUGCCUAUUGACGAUAUAAUAAAAAUAAGGUGAAAAAUGGCACGUACUAAGCAGACCGCUCGUAAGUCUACUGGAGGAAAGGCGCCGAGAAAGCAGCUGGCCACCAAGGCUGCUAGGAAGAGCGCACCCUCUACCGGUGGCGUGAAGAAGCCGCAUCGUUAUCGGCCUGGUACUGUGGCCUUGAGAGAGAUCAGACGUUAUCAGAAGUCAACCGAGCUUCUGAUUCGCAAGCUUCCAUUCCAGAGGUUGGUGAGGGAAAUUGCCCAGGACUUCAAGACUGACCUGCGUUUCCAGAGUGCGGCCAUUGGUGCUCUUCAGGAGGCCAGUGAGGCGUACCUGGUGGGGCUGUUUGAGGACACUAACCUGUGUGCGAUCCAUGCCAAAAGGGUGACCAUAAUGCCCAAAGAUAUCCAGCUGGCUCGCAGAAUAAGAGGAGAGAGAGCCUAGAUUGCUUUUCAGCUGCUCUGUAAUUAAGCUGAAGAGGCAGGAACAGUCUGUCAUAUUUUACCACAUUUGUGGGUGUUUGAGUUUGUUUCCUUCCUGUUUUUGUAAUGUGUAUUUAAACAAAAAAAUCAAAUCAAAGUUAUAAUCAUUCCACAAACUUUACUACAGGCUGAGUUGCUUGAAUCCAGUCAUUGUAGACUGUAUGCUGGUGCUCAGUGAUAUGUUGUGUAUUUGGCUUUUUUUUUUUUCUUCUCUCCUUUCUUUCAUGUGGAGAAGUGGGUUUAUUAACUCUUACAGAGGAUAGCUUGAUGCUUCUCAAAUUACCUUUAAUUUAAAUGGUUUAAUAAAAAUGCAGGGAACUUCUUCACAUGCAAAGAAAAAACCCAUUAGGCUGUAUACUGUUAGCAUCAGAUGCCAUGGGUGGGAUAGUGGUUAUGUUGCAAAUGUAAUUAGCUUCUUUUUUUUUUCUCCUCCCUUCACUCCUUCCAGCCUCUGAGGGGCUUUGACUUUGCUGUGUCCCUCAUGCAAUAACCUCACUCUGAGCAGUUAACCAGCCCCCCCCCACACAGUGCAGUAUUCUCCAUGUGUUGUCUGGGUAUGGCUGGAUACUCAUGUCACUAAAUUGUCAUUCAGGAGCAGUGUGGACCCCUUGUAUAUUCUGGGCUGCUUUUUAUACAUUAUUUUUAUUUUUUUUCAAAUGUAAACCUUGGCAGCUACAAUACUAUUUAUGAAGUUUUGUCACAUUGUAGUCUUUCUAUUAAAGUACUUUUAAGAGUAA